AUGAUCUCCAAGGUGGCAACAACUUUCGUUCUAACACUUCUGCUGGGGCCUAUCUGGCUUGGGGGAGUCGUCAGCGCCAAUGACCCUUCGCCAUCGACCAACGAGACCGUGAUCAGACGUGGUUUCUGCAUCAUUGGAGGCGGUGCAGCUGGAACGUACGCCGCCAUCCGCCUCCGGGAAUUGGGCCAGGAUGUCGUGGUUGUGGAGAAAACAGACCGGUUGGGAGGCCAGGUGCAAACUUAUUUCGACCCGGACACAGGCGUAGCGAUCGACUACGGAGUGCGAAACUUCGAUGACUCCCCAGAGACUCGGAGUUUCUUCGAGCAUCUCAACAUCUCUGUGGAUCUGAACACCAGAUUUGAAGGCCUCAAGACGUUGCGAUACGACUUUCGCACCGGCGUGUCUGUUCCGCCAUACCCGGGUAGUCCUAGAGCGGCCAUCGAACGCUACACUGCAGAGCUGCAACGGUACUCAUACCUGUCGCAAGGAUGGAACCUCUCGGAUCAGGUGGCGGAGCCUCUUCUCCAACCUUUCCGUGAUUUUGUCAGGGACCACGAUCUUGGAGCCGCCUUGGAGACCAUGACUAUGCUCAGCCAAGGGAUUCACUAUCUGCUCGACUAUGUGACUGUCUAUCCCCUGAAGGUUGUCUCUUUGAACCGGCUCAAUGGCCUGCAACACGGCUACCUUGGUCCCUCAAGUCGUAAUGUUUCAGAGGUUUAUCACGCAGCGCAGCAAGAGCUGGGUGAAGACGUGCUGAUCAAUAGUACCGUCAUUCAUGCUCGCCGGUCCGACGAUAAGGUCCAUCGACUCACAGUUGAAUCCGACAACGGCGAGAGGUUUAUCAUCGAAGCAGAUGCGACCAUCGUGGCUAUGCCUCCGAAGACCGACGAUUUGGAAGCGCUCGACCUGGACAGCCUCGAAUCAUUCUUCGUUCGUCAAUUUCAGUACGGGUACGUCUACACCGGCGUGAUCCGCGACAGCAAUCUUCCGCAUAAGACCCAAAUCCUGAACCGCGGGCUUGAUACGCCGUAUGGGCUUCCCAAGUACCCAUGCACAUCCUCGAUUGUAUCCUCUGCGGUUCCUGGUAUUCAUCUGGUGACGUAUGGCAGUGCGGAAGAGAUGAGCGAGGAUGAUGUUCGAGAGGCGAUGGUCGAUGAUAUUUUUCGACUCCAAGAUGGAGGACUGAAUGCUCGGAAGCCAACAUUUCUAGCUUUUGCCACCCAUAGUCCGUUCGACAUGUAUGUCAGCCGGCAGGCGAUUGAGGCCGGAUUCUACCAGGAUGUGAGCGACUCGCAAGGGCAUCGCAACACCUACUGGAUCGGAGCCGCUUGGGAGAGUCCCGACUCAUCAGCGAUAUGGAGAUCAAUUGAUCGUCUGCUCCCCGCGAUUAUCAGUGAUUGA